GAAGUAGAAGGGCGAGGGGUGGUCCACGAGGCAGUCGUGGUCCGCCCGCGCGUCCGGCGGCGUCGAGAAGUACAGUACAGUACACGCCAAGUACACGCGGUACGACCUAGCUGGGCGCCUCAGCGCCGCCUGUCGCUCACCUUGUCGACGUCUCUUUACCGCUACACGCGUUCAAUUGCAGCACGUCUCGCCCGCGCACUCAGACGAAAUGGAACACGCAGUCGCUACAGCCUCUGAGGUGACUAUAAAUGCGCCCUGUGAUGUGGGCGCCCUGGUUGGCGUGUUCUUUGCAGCAAACGAGGACGAAAGUAACAUGCAAGGAUACCUAGGUGAUGCCGCGUGUAUUGCCAGGGAUUGCAGGGCCCUCGGCGUUGAAGAUGCCAGCGCCGUAAUGCUCGCCGCUCGUGUUCGUGGCCAGCAUGCCUUCAGAGAAGGCCACGACUUCUUGCUGUCGCCAUCACUUCGGUCGCCUGCUGAAGGCGUGGCAGCGGCCUAUGGGGAACACUCAGGCCGAGAUGUGGAAGGCCUGGUUGAUGCGGGUGCUGGGCAUUCCGAUGACAAGACGCCGGGAGACACCAGAGUCAAGAAAGAGCGCAUCCAGCAGCCUCUUGCUGCCAAAGCAGCGGGCGUAGUCGCUGAACAGCCCAUUGCCAAAGGAUUCGCCUAUCACAUCAAGGAGAUGAAUCAGCGGCGACUGAACGUCCCAAGUCCGGUUUAUUCAAUUGCUACAUCCAACACCGAUUCCCUGCAAAGUUCUAGCCAGGCAACGCUUCCUACGCCUCCUUCCGAGCAUACCGCCCCUAAGCGGAAGCGAAAGCCCGGGAAGCCGGGAGCGGGAUCAUCGAAGAAGUACAAACGGCAGCGUAAUGCACAAGAAAAGGGCAACAAGAAAGAGCAGCGGCAGCUCUCACGCCUGCAGCACCGCCUGGUGUCUGGUGGGACGACAGUCACCAUGCUCUCAUUCAACUUGAAAACCGGCGUGAACGUCACGAAGAGUGGCUGGCAAGGUCAAACGAUUCCGAAGAUUUCUCGUGAGGACAUCAUCGCUCGCUGGCGCGAUGGCCGCAUCAAGGACGACGUGGCGUGCUUUUUGCCCAUUCCGUUCAAUGGGGAGGGCCCUCCCUCAGUCUUGAAGGUUCUUGACGUCCAAGACCGACUGUUCUUUUACCGCGGCUUUCCUGCUCCUUUCCUCAACCCAGAAGUGUUCGCCUACAUCCACGACACCCUAAUUUCUGAUUCCCUUAUGAGCAAGGCCGAACGGGAUGACGCAAUCAAUGGUAGAAGAGGCCCGCAUCUAGCUUCCAUCGCAGGGCACUGGAGGCAGUCAGCUUCGCGACCGUCUCUCACAAAAUGGCACUUGGACAACAAGGCCAAAGUCGACGCAAUUUUGGAAUAUCAGCCUUUCAUUGAUCUGAAUCGGUUGAUUGAGAGCACACUCAAGACUGCCUUUCCCAAGGUUUACGAGAGAUUCCUCCUGUCUGCGGAAUGGCACAAAAUCCACAGCGGCGUGUCUCCUUUAUUUGGGGGCUACUGGAACUUUUGCCUCAACGGCAUCUUCCCAGACCAAGACCGGGUACACUGCAUGCCCCAUGCAGAUGCUAAGAACCCUGUUGGCAUCUGCGUUUUGAUGGUCUACGUCCUACCGAACUCCAAAUUCAACAGCAAGCAUCGCUCCUGGUUGGUGGUCUGGGAGGCUGGCAUCGUCGUAGAAAUGCCCCCCUGGACACCGGUCAUGUACCCGUCUUCUUUGUUUUUGCACUUCAAUAUUGACGUACACGACAUUGAGUUUGUUGUCACAGACGGUGACUGGCCAACCAAACACAACUCCCGCCCCAUUGACGGCGACGAUUGCGGAAGGGGUUCAAUGGUUUGGUUCAACAUGGCGACCAUGAUUCAAACGUCGGAAACAGGUCAUGCUACGUUAAAGAAGGCUGCCAAGGCUGGCGUGAAAAUCACGUCCGACUAUGAUGCAGAAGUGGAGAGGGCUUUCUUGACUGCAUCUUCUCUGCAGACCCUCGCUGGCUCACACUGAGCGUUUAGACUGUACCCAGACGCUUCUUCACGCAUGUGGCAGCACGGGUGCUAAACAGCUGAGAUAAUGUGCAUAAAUGAUGUUUUGGAGGAGAACAGAAUGGCGGCAUGCUAAAGCCGUUCGGAAACAGACCUAUGUAGGUCACCAGGAUGCUGCAUUUCCGUAUUGGACAUAACAGAUGGCGCCAGGAACGGCUACAGCAAUACAUUAAGUGCAGACAGCUGUCACGCAUGCGAAUGUGCCACAAUCACAGAAGCCCGGAGCUGGCUCGCGCUCAGCACGUUGUGCGCGUCGAGCCCGAGCGAGUGGC